GAUCAUAAAGUUUCUAUGCUGAUCCAAUCCAGCCCACAUUUUCGAUUGAGAAAAGAAGAAAAAAAAAACGAGACUCUACGUGGGUUCUAGAUAACCAGAGAUUAAUAUUUCAAGAAUAUCCAAACAUCAAUGCCAUUUAUGUGAAAAGACAAAUACAAUAUCUAGGAUAAAGUUAGUUGUCCGUUAAACCUACUAUAUUAAAUGUUAGUAUAUACAAACAUAACAAAAAAUAAGAAAACAAUUGAGCCUGGGGGACCUGUUUUGCUUCCCUAACCACGACGACUGUAGUUCAUCAGAGAUCCAGAAAGGGGACAGGACACUCUGUACUUUGCAUGAAGCUGAUAAUAACAUCGUUUUUAACAACCGGGCAAACGUCCAGUGGCUCCAAAGUUUUAAAUGUUUGAUCUCGAUCACGGAAUUCGAAUUGCGUCUUAUUAGAGGCGAGCCCCUUAGUUGCUUUCUUGUACAUACGAGGCUAAACAGUGGGGUUAUAUAAUCAGCAAGUUUCCCCUGUUUUCCAAGCAGUCUCACCAAUAUGAGUUCCUCUCACAUGCAUUGGUUAAACGCUCUUCAUCUUCAAUGUUUUUCUCUUGUAAUGUCUACAUGGGUUCUGUUCAACAUAUCCAAAGCUCAAGCUCAAGGACCAGUAGCUAGGCAAAAGGCUUUGAAAAAUUCAGUUAAUGCCAUUUUUGUGUUCGGAGACUCGACAGCUGACCCUGGGAACAACAACUACGUAACGACUAUUUUCAAGGGCAAUUUCCUGCCUUACGGGAGAGAUUUUCCAAAUCGAGUCCCAACCGGAAGGUUUACCAAUGGACGCCUAGCGUACGACUUUGUUGCUAGUUAUGCGGGUAUCAAAGAGUACGUGCCUCCAUAUUCGGACCCAACACUUAGCAUUGAGGAGCUAAUGACCGGAGUCAGUUUCGCCUCUGCUGGAUCAGGAUUUGACCCACUUACACCUCAAUUAAGUAAUGUAAUCUCGCUGCCAAAGCAACUGGAAUACUUCAAAGAGUAUCAAAAGAGAGUGGAGCUGGUGAUAGGGAGAAAAAGAACAAAAAAUCUGGUAAAAAAUGCACUGUACAUUGUGAGUGCUGUUACGAAUGACUUUGUUGUGAAUUAUUUCACUGUACCAAUCCGAAGGAAGAGAUACAGUCUCCCAGAUUACAUGGAGGUCUCGUUGCAGCAAGUCCAGCAAUUCAUGCAGGGUUUGUUGGGACAAGGUGCUCGAAGAAUAGGAGUGGUUGGAUUGCCACCAAUGGGUUGCUUGCCUGUAGUCAUCACCCUUAAUUCAAAUAAUGCAAUUCUAAACCGUGGGUGUGUCGAUUAUUUCUCCUCAGUUGCUAGGCACCACAAUCUAAUGCUCCAAUCAAAGCUCAACACCAUGCAAUCCAACUUAUUCGAAUCCGCGGUUAGAGUUAUCUACAUUGAUGUAUAUGGGCCUCUUUUUGACAUGAUCAUCCAAAGCCUCAAGUUCAAUUUUGAUAAGGUAAGCAGUGGAUGUUGUGGCACAGGCUUACUGGAAGCGUCAUAUUUAUGCAACCCGAAUUCAUAUGUUUGUUAUGAUCCAUCAAAGUAUGUUUUUUGGGACUCGAUACACCCGUCGGAGAAGGCAUACAAGCUCCUCUUUGAGGCCACUAAGUCUCACAUUGAUUUCCUUAUUACCGACUAACAUU